AUGCCCCCCUCACGACAUCCCACAAGCUGGGACCCAGCACUGUUGAUCUCCCAGAUCAUUUCCAUGCAAACGCUGCACUAUCUGGUGCUUUCGGUCCUAAUACCUCCUUUGCUUUCCUUGUUCGCAGAACCAUCGUCAUUACUUUACGAAGGAGGAGCCACUAAUGUCGGUAUGAUCAUGGACUGGCGCGAAAUGGCUGGGAAGCCCACCGUACGCGGUAUGCCUGGAGAAGAACGCUGGCGUUCGUAUUAUGGGGCUUGGAGUGGAGGAAGGAGAGUCGGUGAAGGAUGGGAGGAUAGUGGUAUUGGACGAAUAGACCCUACAAGAGGCUGGGUCAUCGCAAUCUCAUGGAUGAUCGCUUGCACAGCAGAUAUCUAUUUCCUUUAUACCCUCAUUCGGCGGCCGCGCCUCAUCCUAGAUUUCGCGCUGACCCUGGUGUUCAUUCAUCUCGUACUCACGACUUACUAUUCAGCUUCGAUACCCAAUUCCUUGUUUUUCUGGUUUAUUCUAGUGGCAGGGUCGGCAUGGACAGUCAUUGUCGCCGAACAGCUGUGUGUGAAGAGAGAAAUGACUGAAGGACUGGUGGUUUCCCGUCCAAGGGACGAAGAUGAAGAAAUGGAACUGGGCGGAGUUUCGCGUAGUGAUUAA